UUUCCCCCCCUCUGUCUGUGUAUCACUGUUUGGGGGGCUUUAAUCAGUUUUUAAACGAUUAUUAUCACUUCUCCCUCCCUCAUCCGCGUUCCCCACGCGGCCCUCCACGUUCACCUCCCUAAGUUCUUCACCCCUUUCAACAUUGUUUUUUCAAGGCUGACGGGGGGGGGGGCUGGUGGAAGAGAAAGAGUGAAGAAAAGUUGCAAACGUCUUCUCUCUAAGCUUCCCGCCCCCACCCACCCCUCAGAGAAGGAGAAGAUAAUAUAGUGAAAAGAAGAGGAGGAGGAGGAGGAGGAGAGCGCGACGGGACGGACGCGAGCGGGAGCGCAGCCGCCCUCCCGGCUCCGCGGCGGCGCCUCCGCACGCCGGGCAGGCGAGGGAGGCCCGAGGGGAGACGCCGUGACAACUUUCAUUUCCCCCGGAGGGAGUCGGGAGGUCGGCGGCCCCAAAAAACAAGAUAUGAAUUACCAAUUUUACAGACGAGGAAACUAAGACCUUAGACUAAGUAAUUUAUCCAGAACCCAAAGCAAGUAAGAAGUGGUGCUAGCCCUGGAGCCAAGAUCUUCUGAUUCAUUUUCAGGUCGUCUGGAUGGGCUUGUGCUCAACUGAGGAGAGGAUGAGUGGCUCCCUGAGGCCACUGGUGGAGGAGGAAGAGCAGGGCAGGGAUGCUGCUGCUUCAGGAUUUUCAGUCCAGCGUAAAGCUAUUGGAGCGAGGAGCAAAGGUAAAGAAUGAUGUAAUGCACUGGCUGCCCCAAAGCAUCUUUUGUUGUGGAAUGGUUAUUCCAGUCAUCUCUUUAUGAAUCAAAUGUGAGGGGCUGCUUUGUGGAAGGAGUCCUUUGCAAGAGCACAUCAACGGGGAAAGAGAAAGGGACAUUCACUUGGAGGGCUCUUGCUGAAAAUGGGUUUAACUCUCCUUUUGCCAGUCACCACCAGCCUGACCUCAUACAUUUUUAGUACAAUGGAGUGGCUGAGCCUUUGAGUACACCACCAUUACAUCAUCGUGGCAAAUUAAAGAAGGAGGUGGGAAAAGAAGACUUAUUGUUGUCAUGGCCCAUGAGAUGAUUGGAACUCAAAUUGUUACUGAGAGGUUGGUGGCUCUGCUGGAAAGUGGAACGGAAAAAGUGCUGCUAAUUGAUAGCCGGCCAUUUGUGGAAUACAAUACAUCCCACAUUUUGGAAGCCAUUAAUAUCAACUGCUCCAAGCUUAUGAAGCGAAGGUUGCAACAGGACAAAGUGUUAAUUACGGAGCUCAUCCAGCAUUCAGCAAAACAUAAGGUUGAUAUUGAUUGCAGUCAGAAGGUGGUCGUUUAUGAUCAGAGCUCCCAAGAUGUUGCCUCCCUAUCUUCAGACUGUUUUCUCACUGUACUUCUGGGUAAACUGGAGAAGAGCUUCAGCUCCGUUCACCUGCUCGCAGGUGGGUUUGCGGAGUUCUCUCGUUGUUUCCCUGGCCUCUGUGAAGGAAAAUCUGCUAUUGUCCCUAGCUGCAUUUCUCAGCCUUGCCUACCUGUUGCCAACAUUGGGCCAACCCGGAUUCUUCCCAAUCUUUAUCUUGGCUGCCAGCGAGAUGUGCUCAACAAGGAGCUGAUGCAACAGAAUGGGAUUGGUUAUGUGUUAAAUGCCAGCAAUACCUGCCCUAAGCCUGAUUUUAUCCCUGAGUCUCAUUUCCUGCGAGUGCCUGUGAAUGAUAGUUUCUGCGAGAAAAUUCUGCCGUGGUUGGACAAAUCCGUCGAUUUCAUUGAGAAAGCAAAAGCCUGCAACGGAUGUGUCCUGGUGCACUGUUUAGCUGGCGUCUCUCGCUCGGCCACCAUCGCUAUCGCCUACAUCAUGAAGAGGAUGGAUAUGUCCUUAGACGAAGCUUACAGAUUUGUGAAAGAAAAAAGACCUACCAUAUCUCCAAACUUCAAUUUUCUGGGCCAGCUCCUGGACUACGAGAAGAAGAUUAAGAACCAGACUGGCACGUCGGGGCCAAAGAGCAAACUCAAGCUGCGGCACCUGGAGAAGCCAAAUGACCCUGUCCCCGCGGUCUCCGAGGGUGGACAGAAGAGCGAGACAUCCCCCAGCCCGCCCUGCACCAACCCCGCUACCUCAGAGGCGGCAGGGCAGAGGCCCGCGCAGCCCGUCGGCGCGCCCAGCUCUCGGCCGCCGCUGCCCGAGGACGGCCCGCUGGUCCAGGCGCUGAGCGGCCUGCACCUGCCGUCCGGCAGGCUGGAGGACAGCAGGAAGCUCAAGCGCUCCUUCUCUCUGGACAUCAAGUCCGUCUCGUACUCUGCCGGCGUGGCAGCGUCCUUACAUGGCUUCCCCUCGGCAGAAGAGGCCCUGGAGUACUACAAACCCUCCACCGGCCUGGACGGGCCCAGCAAGCUCUGCCAGUUCUCUCCCGUCGAGGAAGUGUCGGAGCAGACCCCGGAAGCCAGCCCUGACAAGGAGGAAGCCAGCGUCCCUAAGAAGCCUCAGCCCGCCAGGCCCGCGGAGAGCCAGAGCAAGCGGCCGCAUUCGGUGCGCGGCGGCCCGAGGUCCCUCUUCUCCCCGCUGCACCGGAGCGGGAGCAUGGAGGACAACUGCCACACCAACUUCCUCUUUGGCCUCUCCACCAGCCAGCAGCACCUCGCCAAGUCUGCCGCCGGGCUGGGCCUCAAGGGCUGGCACUCCGACAUCCUGGCGCCCCAGACCUCCACCCCUUCCCUGACCAGCAGUUGGUAUUUUGCCACGGAGCCAUCUCACUUCUACUCGGCCUCCGCCGUUUUCGGGGGCGGAGCCGAUUACUCAACCUUCAGCUGCAGCCAGCUGCCCACCGGCAGUGACCCAGUGUACUCUGUGCGCAGGCGGCACAAGGCGAGUGACAGGCCUGACUCCCGGCGGAGCUGGCACGAAGAGAGCCCCUUCGAAAAGCAGUUUAAACGCAGAAGCUGCCAGAUGGAGUUUGGCGAGAGCAUCAUGUCAGAGAACAGGUCGCGGGAAGAGCUGGGCAAAGUGGGCAGCCAGUCUAGCUUUUCAGGUAGCAUGGAGAUCAUUGAGGUCUCCUGAGGAGACGGGACGCUUGUGACUUCUGUUGACGAUGUUUUUCUUGUUCACAAAAAAAUAUUCCCUGUAAAUCUGAAAUCUGUAUAUGUACAUACGUAUAUAUUUUUGGAAAAUGGAGCUAUGGUGUAAAAGCAAAAGAUGGAUCAACACAGGUGGUCUCUCAACACCCACACUUGAGAGACCAGCUAAUAUUUCUCUCAACACAAGUGGAAGGGCAGAUGCUAGAGUUCCUCCUAGACAGAUGACAACGUGUGUGCAGCGAAUUGCACAUCCUCUUAGUCCUACUAGACCCGGUGUUACGUGGUGUUGGAGGAUGGAGUACCCCACCAUUUCAUUGCCGUGUCGGGCCGCAGGAGCUCAAGCACUAGUCUCUGUCCGGUCCCUUCCGUAGUGCACCUUAGCGCUGAGACUGAGCCAGCUCGUGGGUCAGGCGGGUAGACCCCAGUAGGGACAGAACCUCAUGGUAAAUGCAAGAGAAACGAUCGCAUCCAAAGGGAUUCACGCAUCCAAGCUCACCUGGCGGCCGAUGCGCACGUCACUCAGAGCCCUUGCUGUGGUCUACUUCAGAGCACCCCCAGUACCUCAGACUGCAAGUCGGGCUGUCACCACUACCGAGUCCGGCAGCCUGCACCCCAGGCCUGUGAGUGGGUAGGUAGCCAGGCACACUUCGCACACCAGUUCAGACGAUCUCUGCACAGACUUCCAGUCGGGCCUGGAUGGUGGUGGCCAAUUGUUUUCUUCUUCUCAGCUUUAUGAAGAGAAGGGAAACCACCUAGGAUUCAGUUUAACAGCCAGGGUACUGGCAGCAGAAUGACUGAAGCUCAGGUCGGGAGGCUAACCACGUCUACCUCCCUCCCUGUAAAUCAGAGAAUUGUUCAGACUGGCGUUGUUACCUUGGUUUAAGCCAGAUGGGAAUGAACUUGAGUUGGUGGCAGAGCAGCAGAACCUUUGAGUUCUCAGCCAGAGUAGAUUUCCCCAUUUCGGUCUUGCUGCACAGAUCUGUUUUGUAAAAACCUAACAGUUAGGUAGAGUGUUAUAGGCAACUACCAAGAGGGAGAAAAACUACGGAAAGAUUGAAGAACUAAAAUUGCUGAGAAGCAGGAAACUUCAUUUUUUCCUCGAUGGUUUUGUUCCCCUCAGCACAUGAUGAGGGCGGUAGUUCUGUAAUUCCCUUUCUGGGUUAUGAGGCUGAGAGGCUGGUGAAGUCAGGAGUGUUCAGAAAAAACCAGUGAGGGGAAGGUGGUUGGAUUUGAUUCGUUGGGUGCAGAGUGGAAAGCCACAGCCAAGCUAUUCUCAGAAACUGUCCCUAGCAUUUUUUUAUACAAGGGACACAUCAGAAUGGAGCAGGACCAAGGUGGUCUCUCAGCCUUUGACCUGCAAUCACUGUAUGGAAUCAAUCCUGGCAGCUGAAAAUAGGUGAUUGGAACAAGGACCCAAGUGAUAGUACGAACCUGCGUUUAAACUUCCUGGCUUGAGUCUUGUCAACUACAUUAUGGCCCUCUUUUGAAGCCUUAAUUCACGUCAGCAGCUUUUUUUUUGGGGGGGGGAGGGGGUAAUUGUUCUUUACUGUAAGUGUAGCUAGUUGCUGACUCCUAUCUCAGGUUUUUCUGUGUUCGAGAAGUGGAUAGUCCUUUGACUGGGAUGUGACUUCGUGUUUCCUGUGAUGACUGCUGAAACUGGCGUAGAAUGAAUGGCAUGACUCAAAACUGACUUGUUCACGAUGAUGCUGAGCUUCAUGUGACCUAACUGGCUGUGCACAAAUACCACGCUGGGAUCUGGGUGUGGAACGAAGGUGGGAAGACAGGACGCUGCACAGGGAAGUCAUUGUCACUAGAUUGGAAAGUUCUUUUCAGCGAUAUGUUUUUCCAUAUCCAUUUAAACUGGGGAUAUAAUCAGAUGUUCUCCAGGUUUCAGACAGUUAUUUUUGAUGUGUUACGUAUAUACACAUCCUUCUUCCAGGGGCUGGUCACAGCUGUGGGACAUUUUUGAGAAAUGAAAGGAACAGCUCCAAUCUUAACGCAUGUCGCAGGAGAGUUGGGGGAUUGGGUCUUAACAUCUCUCUGGGCAGAAAUUUGCCUUCCAUCAAUUGGGAUUUCUCUUGGCCACGGUCCCCUUCCUUCCUAUGACUGAUGACAUAGUCAGACACUACAAUCUUUAGUCCUUGAUUGCGAAUGUCAAGUAAUCAGUUCUUGGGAUCAGGAUUGCCAUGCCUCAAGGGGCCAGCCCUGUGCUGCUUGGGGGUGGGGGUGGCUGGCUCUCUUUAGUCUGGGAUCAUAGGGGAAGCCCUGGAGUCUGCUGGGGUGCUACUGAACGGUGAUUUCUAAAGAGCAAAACUAGACUUCCAUGUGAGAAAUGCUGGACGAUGGCGUAGAACAUGGUCAAGUUUGAUGGAAAGCCUGUAUAAAUGUUGACUAUGAAUAUAGUGUCCUUUUGGAGUAAGAUGCUGUUGAAUGGUUAACUUGUGCAUUUCUCAUUUUGAUGUUCAUGUAUGUUAAUAUGAAAUAAAAUCAAAACUGGUACCUGUUAUACAUA